UACCCUGCGCGACGUAAAGACGAAUGAAGCGACAUCGUUCAUUUCUUUCUUUUCUGUCAAAACAGUCCGUAAAAUGUUGAAAAAGAAAACGAGUAGCGCCGAAAAGAAAAGGAAACACGCUCCAGCUGAGGACAGAUUUGACAGCAGGAAGCGACGAAGCACCGAUUCCACUGCGGAGCUGGAGUCCAAAGAUGACCUGGCCGAUGCAGAGCUCGAUCGAAUUGGCAGUGACAUAGAAGAAGGAGGACUGGACCUCACCGUACAGUUCCAGCCAAUCACAGCGUUUGUCUCACAGAAAGAAGAAAUGCUGCAGCAGUGUUUCCGUGUCCUUGGAGAGAAGAAGCUACGCAAGAUGCUGCCAGAUGAAUUUAAGGAUUGUAGUUUAGAUGAAAUUAAAAAGUUGUGUUUGGAACAACUGGAACCAAUCUCUGAGAAAAAUCUCCUCCAGAUUCUAACAGGUGAAGAGUUAACGUCCUCCAAUGAAACCUUAGAGGAGUCAGUGGAGAGCCAGCAAGACAACAACGUGGAUUCAACAUCUUGCCUCAAGGACUCAACCAAAAAUGAGGAAAUUAAAGAAGUUGGAGGUUCAAGUGAAGAGAGCGACGUCUUGAGCAUAAACGCAGACGCAGACGACAGUGACAUCGAGGCGCCUAAAGAGGAACAAACUGAAAAAACUACAGAUGAUUUACACAAAAACAAGAGUGAAGACCCCGCAGUUAAACCUGAACCAGUCUCAGAGCUGCCUCUCGUGGCCCAACCAAACAAACCCAAGAAAGACAUUCAAAGUGACAUUGACAAGAGUGUAAGUGAGAUACUGUCGUUCUCAGCUGCAGCACCUGUAGAACCAAGCGUGAAUCAACUCCAAGCUACAGGGGCAGUCCCGAGUAUGCCCCCUUCUGUGUCUGGAGUGGUAUGUCAACCUUCAGUCCAACAACUGGAACUGUUAGAGCUGGAGAUGAGAGCCCGAGCUAUAAAAGCACUAAUGAAAGCGAGCAAAAAGACUACAAACUAAUUUAAGUUUUUCAGUAUCAGAUUGUUAAAUUCCUGUUAAAAUGUUCUUGAAGAAUGUCUUCUACUAUUUCAUUAAUGCCUCAUGUAUUGUAAAUGGUAAGAUUUAUGUAGAAUAUCUUUUUUUUUUUUUUUUUUUUCUUGAAGAAAUAUUAAGACUUUUUGCGUGGUACUGGGUAAUAUGUUGACAUCUAUUACUCUUUCAAUCUGUGAGAGUUACAGUUGAUAAAAACUAAACAUCAUACGGUGUUUCUGUAGUUAUAUCUAUAAGUGUAGAUUUCCAGAGUCUUUCCCUCCAUAUUCCACUGCAUUCAACUACAAAUUUUUGACAAUUUAACGUGGUCAUCCUAAGUGCAAAUAGUGCUGCAGCAAUUUCAGAAUGCAUUCUUCAUUUCGGGCACUAGAUGGCAGUGUUACUCCACAGUUAGUAGUGAGAAUUUGGUGCAGAAAAAAGUGAUUAUCUUCUUUCAUAACAGUUUGGUCAUGAUGUGAUUUGGAAAUGUAAUUACUGACAGGCAAGAUAUUGGGAGCAGAGGAUAACAAAAAUAUACUGAUGAUUCAAAUGUAACCAGAAUCCACAAUGCCCUAUUGCACUGAAAAAAAAAAGUUACUUUGAUAACACCGAACGUGAAACGCUUCUGUAAAUUUGAAUUUCAAAUGACGUGCAUGGCUGAAAAGUGGAUGGCAGUGUUUAAAUAUGCAUUUCAAUUUAACACAAUAUUAUCUGACUGCAUAACAUGUUUUGAUAAGAAGAUAAGAAACAAUAUUUGCUAUAAUGCAUUUCCAAAACACAAGCAACAAGCAAUCUAUAUAAUUAUAUAACUUGUUGACCUUGAAGAACCUCAAAUAACUAUUGCAUUCUUAUAUAUUUAGUAAAUAACUUGAAUCUAAAGUGGAUUGUGUUGGUGCCAGCAAUUGUGCUAUUAUUCAUGUUUCUAACUCCCACCUGUUUACGCUCUCAGCUUUCACUUUUGAAGACUUUUUUUUUUUUUUUUAACAUUAUUUAUUUCUAUGGCAACGGCUCUCAUUCUGUAACCCAUGGAUACCCCAAUCUCCAGUAUCAUCUCUGACGCCAUUAUAAAACUGCAUUUCCUGGU